GAGGCUGGUGUGACCAGCCAGCAGCUGAUGCCAAGUGCCUCCUGUCUCUGCAGGACUGACAGCAGGACCUUGGUCCUGAAAAACAACACCCUACUGCCCAUGGCCUGGCAGCUCAGUGGGCUGGAUGACCUUGUUGAGGACUUCUCCUUGUCCCAAGAUAACGGCACCAUUGAUCCUGGCUCAGAGAUUGAAGUGACAGUGGAUUUCAAGGCCCAGCAGAUUGGCAGCAUUGAGAAAACCCUCCGACUGGAGGUUUCAGAUACAGAAAACAUCCUGGGGAUUGUUCAGGCUGAAAACAUCAUAAUCUCUGCAGAAGUCUAUGAUGUUUUCCUGAGCAUGGACCUGCCUGAAGGUCCAGAUGGAGGCUUGGAAUUUGGAACCAUUAAUGUCCUGGAUAAUGUGAAGAACGUCCUGACUCUGAAGAACAAAGGGGUGUACAACAUCGAGUACAGGUGAGUCCAGCUGCCUGGUGGUGAGC